AUGGAGAUCUUCAUCAAGUCUUUGACGGGCGAGAUCUACGUUCUCGAUGUCGAGUCGUCCAAUACCGUAGACGAUAUAAAGAAAAUGCUAGCGACCAAGAACGGAAUCGAACCUGAUCAACAACGCCUAAUCUACGAUGGAAAACAACUAGAGGAUGGACGGACACUAUCGGACUACAGUAUCCUUCGGCAAAGUACUUUGCACCUUGUACUCCGCCUCAGAGCGUAUAGCACAUCACCUCUAUCCACCAGUCGUGUGCCCGUCGAAAGCGUAUUUCUUUCCGGCGAAGACGCCCAGCGGACCCUACGAAGAUGGCACGAACUGGCUGAAAUGGGUGAUUUCGAUGCAGACACUCAUAUUGUAGAUCCACAAGCCCACUACACUGCCUUGGAAUCUCUUGAGAGGACUAUCGUGACUUCAUCUGAGCUAUAUCAUCAAUCUGGAGGGUACGAAGGCUGGACGCUGGCAAAUAUAGACACUAUAGUGUCCCGGCUUUUGGGUGAAAGAACGUCACCUUCCAACAUACCUGAUUGGGUUUGUGGCCUCAUGCUGGACAUACAGUAUGACCAUACAGCAGUCACUGAGAAGGAGAUCAUCAUCAGCCUGUGUGAAUCCUACGUCAUCAUCCAGUCAGUCAUCGACCGGUUCGAUAUUCUGGCCACCAUAAAAUUCUCCUCCGACUUCUUUAGUAUACUAUUGCUACGGGGUGAAAAGAAUAUCGCCGAGGUUGUCAAGAUUCCUAAAGCAUUAGUAGCCAAAAUUGCACUCGAGUUACAAAUCGCAUUGACUCUUCUGAGGACAGAGUCAAUGGAUUCGGUCCGGGGUGGCAUAAUGCCUUGCCUACAGGAAUUGUUCGAUCUUCUCGAUUGUGGUCCUGUCGAAUACGAGAUUCCGGAAGCUUUCCGAGUCAUGGCCUACUUAUUGGAUUUGGGUCUUGUCUGCUACGUUGGGUCGCACGCAGCUCGCUUUGAUUCCGAGUAUUUCACGAAGGAGACUCCAGAGUUCGUGGUAAGCAAGAGAGCUGGGCUUGGAUUUAGUUGCAGUCUUCGACAGUUGGCUUGUCUCAACGGCUUCCUUGAUGCGAAAGCUGUCUGGGCCUUUGACGUGCACGUACGGGCUGAUCAAGCCGCCAAAAACCCAAACAGAGAGAGCAAUAAGUUAUCGAUUCUGACAACCAUCGAUGCGCUCGCAGAUAUUUGGGGUCCGGUUUAUGCAGAAGUCGCCCACAGUGGGUCGCCAGCAGGCCAACCUACCCUUGUUAAGAAAUACAAUGUCUCCAAAGGUUGUAUACGACGCGUCCCCGACAGAGCCUCCUCGCCAAACGCAGGAAUAUCCAAGUGCCACUGGUACAGCUGGGCAGAGGAGCAACGUCGACGUCUGGCACGAUUCUUCGUAGAGCCCAUCACGGGCAGUCAGGAUCUGACCAUGUCCCUGGAUGAUAAACUUCUGAUCGGUACGGAGAUGACCACCAACCCUGCUUGUACCUUCACCCUGCAGGAAUAUGAGAUGAAUUUUGGCGAUCUCCUGACUGAACUUGGCCCCAAGCCUUCGACCUGGAAGUUUGAUGGCAUUGCCAUGUCUUUGCAACUAGCUGCACCGAAGGUCGUUGCCAUUCAGAUUCAAGGACAGACAAAGAGGAUACCAGAGGUCUCUGUCAAGGAGCACACAUGGCAGAGAUGGAACUCAAACCCAGAGCGUGCAAACCCAGGAGUUUUGAACAAUUACUAUGGUGUAGAGAUUAGCCACUGCACUGGAAACGCAAGGAGAGUACCGUUGAAGCAGAUACUGCUGAUGGAACCGAUACAAGAACUCCUUCAACGGCAGAUACCAGGCUGGGAGUCAACACAAUGGGGGAUAGACUUUGUGAAGGUGCUUCAGGUUGAAUCUAAUGAUGCAAUAUUCAACUUCUGGACAAGACAUGUUGCUGAGCGUCCACUAGUCGGGCAGCUCGUCUCCUCUGUUCUCAACGUCCUGGACAACACCGGUAGUAACGAUGUGGGUCUCAAGGCUGCAGUUCUCCACCAAAAUUCCGAGAGCAUCAUCCACAUCAAAGCAAGGAGCAAUGACUGGGUCCGGCUGCUCAAGGACUCGUACCUGACAGCUACCUAUGCCAUCGUUAAUAGGGUGUGCCUGGAAUUCCGACGUCCCGAUCAUACGACUUCGAUAUGCACCGACGAAGAACGAUACUCUGUGCUUCAAACGGGGGCUGGUUUGCAGAGAGAUGGUUCAGUUGGCACGCAAUUCAAAUUCAUGCCUUUGGGAUUGAGAUUUAAGGCGGUUGACACCGACCUUGCAGCCUCCCAGCCCCCAUACCUCCUUGCUGCUGAGCCGAGCCGGGCAGCAGCACUACUAAACUCGUUCCAAGCCUGGUACCGGUAUACACAAGUGAAGGAACUAGUGAAUCAAAAUUCACAUUCCACUCGACUCAAUAAGAUGGUGGUACUUCGAGCUUCGCAGAAGAGCUUCGGAGGCCAGCCAUAUCAACGAAACCGUGGACUUCUGACCAUUGUUGACGAUGAUGCCCAUGACAGGAUCGACGACCUGGAGGAUCUAGCAGCACAACAGGAGGCACUUUCGCAGCUGGAGAUUGAGGCUAUCAUACUCGAAGAUGUUGAAAAUCAAGAUCAUGCGGAGAGUUCAAGGGCAGCCUGUUGA